AUGGCUCCGCCGGCCGCCACCGUCGCCGUCCUCGGCGACGACAUCCUGCAGGAGGUCUUCAUCCUCCUCCCAACCCCCGCCGACCUCCUCCGCGCCGCGCUCGCCUGCCAGCCUUUCCUCCGGGUCGCACGCAGCGCAGCUUUCCUCCGCCGCUUCCGCCGCCGCCACCCCUCAACCUGCCCGGUCGUCCUCGGAUGCCUCCUCUACCGCCCCAGCAAGCGCCGCGGGGCCAGCGCCCCUUACCUUCUGCCCGCCGACCUCCUCGGCGCCACGCGCCGCACUAUCGAGGGAGGUGACUUCGCCCUCUCCUUCCUCCCCCGCCGCGGCCGGCCGGAUGGCCCCGGCACCCCGUGGCGGAUCCUGGACUGCCGCAACGGCAGCCUCCUGUUACGUGACGGGGCUUCCGGAGAGCUCGCCGUCGCUGACCCGUUAACCCGGCGCUGGGUUUCACUCCCCGCGCUCCCCGGUGGGCGCCGCGUAGGGUACGCCCUCGUCCCCGACGACGGCGACUCUUCGGCCUUCAAGGCGGUAUGCAUUUCCCGACGCGCUGGAACCACAGAGCUGCGCGCCUUUCUCCUCUCCUCCGCUGAGCUCCGGUGGGCCGACGUGGGUACCCUCGCGCAGCAGCCCAAUCUCGCUGGAUCCCGCGCGAUGCAAGCGAAACGGUCGCUGUACUGGAAGCUAAUGGGUGGGGGGCACAUGGUGGCGCUCAACACCGCGAUGAUUCUUUCGGAUCCUUUGGACCAGACUCCACAGGGCGAUGUCAUCGGGGUGGCUGCUGGUGUGGUGUUCUUGCGCAGCGGCAGUUGUCUGCUCUCCAUUCAUCUUGAGACCAUGAAGAUGACGAGGCUGUCCUUGGACGUGAAUUGCCCGUCUCCGCUGAUAUAUCCUUACACGAUAGGGUGGCCGCCAGCGAUCUUGAACCCUACUGAACAAGGUGCUUGA